AUGAAAGGAUGGUCCACUCCACAAGAUGAAGCGAUUAAACCGUUUUACCAGCGGAAAAACGAACUAACAGUUCACUGUGGUGUCCUAAUGCUUGGACACAGAGCAGUCAUUCCUGCAAAGUUGCGUAAUCAAGUGUUAACCGAGCUUCACGAAGGUCACCUCGGUAUUGUUAAAAUGAAGUCUCUGGCACGAAGUUUCAUCUGGUGGCCCAAAAUUGGUAAGGACAUUGAGCACCUAGCCAAGAGCUGCCCUGGUUGUCAACUUCAACAAAAUGAAGCCGGCAAAGUACCACUACACCCUUGGGAAUGGCCAACCACAUCUUGGCAGAGAAUCCAUUUAGAUUUUGCUGGGCCGUUCCUAGGACGAAUGUUCCUUAUCAUUGUAGAUGCACACUCGAAGUGGCCUGAAGUGGAAAUAAUGCCAUCCACCACAUCGACGCAGACCAUUGACCGACUCCGAACUAUUUUUGCCCGAUAUGGAGUGCCAGCACAGGUGGUGACCGACAAUGGGCCACAAUUUACAUCCUCAGAGUUCCAACUAUUUUUGAAGACUAAUGGUAUCAAGCAUAUUACCACGGCCCCAUUCCACCCUGCAACCAACGGUCAAGCGGAACGUUUUGUUCAGAGUUUCAAACAUGCUAUGAAAUGCGAGAAACAAAGUGCAUCCCAGCUGAAAACCAAUAUGGCAAAGUUCCUUUUGGCUUACCGGAAUACCCCGCAUUCGACGACUGGAGAAUCACCGUCCGUGUUGUUUUUGGGCAGACCGCUACGGACUCGCCUCGAUUUGGUGAAACCUGAUUUACAAAGGAAAGUGAUGAGCAGGCAAAUCGAUCAAGCGGGGAGGAAAGGACAUUCCCCCACACGUCAGAUAUCCAUUGGUCAGACUGUCAUGGCACGUAACUACAGUGGGAAAGACAAGUGGCUACCAGGUAUAGUUCUAGCUCAAACGGGACCGCUUUCGUACGAGAUAAAAGUUGGUCCAAAUCGAAUUUGGCGACGGCACAUCGACCAGCUUCGAGCCUCUAGUGUGAAAGUAAUGACCAUAGUGAUGAUACGGCUGAACCUCAUCCAGAGCUCGGAGAGACUGGCCAGAAUAUUGCACCAGCAGAAGAAAUUGUCGCAGAGCCGGAUAUCGAACUAGCCACGAAUCCACCAGUAGUGCAACAACAAGAAGCCGGUAGGGCUACAACAGGAUCUGAACAACGCUAUCCAACUAGAUCACACCAACCACCCGAGAGGUGGGGUCUUAACUGUUUGAUCCGAAAACUGUUUAAGAAAACUACAUAG